UGCCUCGCAGCACACGACUCUCAGCAAGUGUUCUUCGAGGCUGGUGAUUGCGGGCGAAGUAGGACACUCAGCUCAUUGGUCUGCGAGUUAGAGCCCCUCAAGAUCGAGGCCCGCGGGAUCACUCCUCACCCGGUGGCCUCUGCUGUCAGGCGAGCGGACUCGGCAAAUCUGCUACUCCCGUCUUGGAAUGGCAUCGAGGCAAGUGACGCAUUUGAUGCAGCAUUUCGAAAGAAAUGCUCCGUUGUUCCGGUAUCAUCAGGCUCGUUCUCGCCGAUCAUCUGCCUCAGCGACCACGAGCCAUACAGUCGGCCGGCGACAUAUCAUAGCCCGUCCCCGUACCACUCUGUAAGGUGUGAUAGGCCAAAGGCCUCUCCAACUUCCCACAACCAGGCGCCUAAUCACUGUCUACGUGCGGCAUGGGCAGGAGAGAUGCGCCGUCAAAGUGAAAUGGCAAAUCAAACAGAAGAUAAUUGCAGCUUCACAAGUCAAAGGCAUUGCAUCAAAAGCCUUUGCCGCGACAGCAAAAGGAGUUGCGACUUUGACUCCAGGGAGUUCUCGUCUGCAAGGAUAACCGUCUUCUGCCAGGAAUUAGCCCUUUUCACACUUCACUGGAGACACUUGCAAAUCACAAGCAAACUCCCAACUAUGAAGAGCCUAUUAGUCUGCAAAUCAGGUAUUCCGAGCACUCCACCCCCUCCACUACACACUGACAAAUAG